AUGCUCGCCGCCGCGCGCGGCUGCUACGAUAUCUUCCACCUCGCCUUGCCCUGCACCGUCGACCGCGUCCUGGACCCCCAAGUACUGCUGCUCCAUGACCGUCCUGCCGUUGUUCCUUUAGAGUUUAGACCUCUCAGUAUGAGUACGGGGUGGCCUCUGUCUCAUUUUGUGGCUGCAGAAGGAGCGGGUAGCGCCGGCCGUGGAAGGGACGCUCCACGUGCUGCGCGCCGCCAAGGAUGUCGGGGCGUGGGCGGGGUGGUGGUGACCUCGGCCAUCUCCGCCGUCGUGCCUAGCCCGGGCCGGCCGGCCGGGGAGGUCCUCGAUGAGAGCUGCUGGACCAACAUCGACUACUACUGCGACAAGAACAGGAUGAUUCCGCCAAGGAUCAAUGCUAGCAUAGCCAUGUUUCUUCACUUGAAGGUUGCCCAGAGGAGUAUAAGGAUUUCCUCAUCGGGCCAGUCCACGUGGAACAGAACAAGAUGA